CGUGUGUGUGAGCAGAGGGCCAUGCCCGGGCCGGCAAAUAGUCCUUUGUUUACAUGCAAUGGCUUUACUCUGCGGAAGAAGGGCUGGGAUUAGGCUGGGGGAGGGGAGCUGUUUCUGAUCUCUCACCAGCUGUUUCCCGCCUUGCAACAGACAUCAGCUGCAAACACACACUCACAUAGACUCACACACACACAUAGACACACAGAGAGGCCGAGCACAAGGAGAGACAGACAGACACCUCCCCCGAGUUGCUGGGACAUCCUAUUCACUACUACUCACGGAUCCCCUCACACUCCUCCGCCGCUGAUCAAUAAGCUGAUCAAGGACGAUUCCAUAGGGAGAGAGAAGAGGGGGGUCCUGGCUGGGGGCGGGAGGGGUACACGCUGGAUAAUCUAGGGCAUCUCUGCUGACUGACUGCUAUGGAGUAUUUCAUGAUGCCCGCGCAGAAAGUACCUUCCCUGCAGCACUUCAGGAAGACGGAGAAAGAAGUGAUCGGGGGGCUGUGCAGGUAGCCUCGCCAACAUCCCUUUAACCCCAGAAACCCAAAGAGAUCAAGAGCGGCGGAUUCGGAGAGAGAUUGCCAACAGCAAUGAGAGGCGCCGGAUGCAAAGUAUCAAUUCUGGCUUCCAGUCACUGAAAACUCUAAUCCCACACACUGAUGGGGAAAAAUUGAGCAAGGCCGCAAUCCUACAGCAGACGGCAGAAUAUAUAUUCUCUUUGGAGCAAGAGAAGACUAGGUUAUUGCAGCAGAACACACAGCUCAAGAGGUUUAUACAGGAGUUUAAUGGUUCCUCACCAAAGAGGCGGAGGGCAGAAGAUAAAGAUGAGGGGAUAGGCUCUCCUGAUAUCUGGGAGGAAGAGAAAGCAGAUGACCUGCGGAGGGAAAUGAUUGAGCUGAGGCAGCAACUGGACAAAGAACGCUCUGUGCGGAUGAUGCUGGAAGAGCAGGUACGGGCCCUGGAAGCUCACAUGUACCCUGAGAAACUGAAGGCGAUAGCUCAACAAAUCCAGCAGCAGGAGGAUGGGGGACAGACCCCAGGAGAGCAGCUCAAAAAUAUAGACAGGGAAGAGCAGCAUCUUCAUUCUCAGCUCUUGCCACCUCAUCUACCGCUGGCGCCCACUCACCACCCAACAGUUAUUGUUCCUGCCCCUCCUCCGCCUUCCCACCACGUCAACGUUGUGACUAUGGGACAUUCCUCUGUAAUCAGUUCUGUGUCUACAUCUCGACAAAAUCUGGACACAAUCGUGCAGGCAAUACAGCACAUUGAGGGCACACAGGAGAAGCAGCUGCAGGAAGAAGAGCUGAGGAGAGCAGUUAUAGUCAACGCGCCUCGUCCGUGUGGAGAAUCGGACACUGCGUCUGACACAGAAUGCGAUGACAGCGACGCAGAUCAAAUCAAGGAUGAUGCAAUGGGGGACCCCUGACAUACACUGCCCCCCACCCUAUGGGGAAAGAUGAAAGACUGGGAGUAGUCGAAGGGAACACGGCUACCAAAAUACAAAAGGGGGUCAUCUUUGGCUGCCUUCCUCUUUUGCUAGCCACCUCCCCAAAACCAAUAGGGUCUUCACUGGUGCAGCAUGUAAUGCUGGCCUCAAAGAUACUGUAAUAAGGCUGAUGUCCAUGGAGUGAGGGUUAAAGCACUAAGGGAUUGCCCCUGCUCUGUUCUGAUAAAGCUGCAAGGGAUUCUGGGAGCUUGCAGAUCUAUAUAAAGCAGCAGUUCCUUCACUUAAUUUUCCUCAAUCAGCCCCUACUGUUCCCUUGGGAACAUGUUGAAACAGAACUAAAUUUAUUAGGCAAAUCGCUAACCUUCAGGCCUGUGCCUGUUCCACGGAAAUUGCACUGGCCUGUGCUGCGUCUACAUUGCUGCCAUGGUUUAUCUUCACCAAUAUGGUGUUGGCCAAUUAAAGCUGGGUUCAUGGACGAAGGUUAGCCGUUUGCCGCAUUGUUGGGUGCCAAAGCAAUUGCCGCCACCAGUGUUUUAAAACGUCACCUGAGCCUACAUGGAAUCCCUGUUGUAGCGCUGUUUGUCCAAAUGAAACUGCUAGAAUGUAUUUUGGCCACUUACUAAUCCUACAUGGGGUUUCAGCGCUGCAGGGAGAAGUAAGAACCUUCAGAAUUGAGGCUUAUAUGAAACCUGCCCUGGUAGUUUGAAUAUGAUGUGCUGCUAGCCCUGCUCCAGCAACAUUUACAUUUACCAACAGUAUCCAUUGUUUACAGUGUUGGACAUCUAAAUUCAUGGAGGAACUGCUGCUUUCUAUGUUUCAUGUUUAGUCGACGAGUACCCUUUAUUAACUCUCUUCACCAACGGGUCAGCGUAAACUUGUUGCUCGGCUCUACUGGAGGAGUGUCUGUUCUGUUGCAACUCCAGAUCACAUUAAACUACAACUCUCGGCUGUAGUUCAACCCCAUCUGGAAGUUUGCAGGUUGCCCAAGUCAGCCCUGCGAUUAAAAAUAAUGGGGUUAACAGCUACACAAUACAAGCAAAUGUCUCUUCAUAGAUAUAAAAAAAAAAAAAGGCGUCUUAAAUAACCUAACCCCCUUUUUUUUCUUUCUUUUUUUAAUUUGCAUUUUCGGCCAGAGGAGACGCACAAUCAGAUACGGGGAGAUUAGUCGCCCGGCGACAAACCUCUUCUUCUUCGGGGCGACUAAUCUCCCCUGAAUUGCCUUCCCGCCGGCUAGAAUGAAAAUCGCCGGCAGGAUGGCAAUCGGAGCGCUUCGUUUUCCGAAGUUUCCUCGUUAGGCAAUUUAGGGCGAGUUCGGACAACGAAGCGCUCAGAGUGCCAUCACGCUGGUGAUUUUCAUUGUAGCCAGCGGGAAGGCACUUAGGGGAGAUUAGUCGCCCCGAAGAAGAGAUUUGUUGGCGGGCGACUAAUCUCCCCGAAUCUGAGCGUGUGUCUCUGCCUUUACCUCUUCUUUUAUACUGUAUAUCUUUUGUGACCACAUGGACGAGGGGGAGAGUAUCGUACAUUGCGACCCCUGGUUUUGUCUGUCGAGAUUUUAAGCUGCAGAGUGAUGUGCAGGCCGGCCUGUUACCCGCGGGUUUGGACCAACGUUUGCGCACCUUUUGCAACCUUAAACUGUCGAUUUCAGGUUUUAUAGGCGUGCACCUGCCCCGUGUGGGUCUGUAAAUGGGCGGGUUGAGGUUUAACGACCCGCACAUCACUACUGCAGAGCUUAUACCAUGGUAUAUACUGCAGUACUCUAAUAAGGCACCACCCCAAUUAUGCUGGUUUUUGUUUAUGUAGACAAAUGGGGCAUUUCUACUGUUGUGGUGCAAAGGUGCAUAAUCUCACCUCUCUAUUCCUCGCAGGUAGCGUUGCCGCCUCUUACCGUUAACAUGGCCACAUUGAAAACGGCUUUGUAAUCAGCACAAAUGCAUGCUGCAGACUGCACUUGUUCCUAAGCAGGCAUGCAACAUGCUGAAUUGAUGAUAAAUAAGCCAUCGAACGAAGGGGAUUGUUCAUGGGGCCCGUGUUUAACGGAUGAGACGGCAGCUGUACAAUAUAGGCUGGGUUUUGGGUAUUCCCCUCCUUGGGCAAGGAUUGGAUAACCUGACUUAAGCUGCUGAAAUAAAACCUUGGCUCAAGGAGGUGGAACUAUAAAAGCUGGCCUUCCAGCACAAGGUGAGCAGACUAGUCGAGGAAACCUGUGACACGACAUACGCUGUGCUCUGGGUUUCAUUGAGUCUGCUCCCCUUCCGCUGGUAGCACUGAAGUUGUGAUUUUGGCCUUCCCAAAUCAUAAGCACUUAAAUCUCAUUGUAUCGAGUUCUCUGUUUUUCUGUAAGGAAGCUUUCUGCAAAUGAUUGGCUCACGAGGGGGCAAGCGGAUACAACUUCAGUUCAUCUUCUCCCCUCUGCAAAUGAACAUAUUGGAACAUCGUGUUGGGAACUUCUCGCAUGAGUUUACAUACGAUUUGUAGGUACGCCCCCUGUGUUUAACCCUCGCGCGCCCAGAUGUCGCUGGACUCUGACGCAAGGUUAACAAACAGGGUUCUAUGGGAUCAUCUGCACAUCAUAUAGGAUUGCAUUUAAUGUACAAAUGCAUGGCUUUUAAGGGCCCUUACUCACGGGCAUUUGAAGCUGCAUUUCGGUUUUAUGCGUUCAGGCACAGGAGUAGACACGCUGAAUUCUUUUCAAUGGGGCUGUACUCACACAGACGCAUGUAAGCGCCGAACGCAGGUUGGGAUGCAGUAUGCUGCGCGUCUACUCCCCUGCGGCUGAACGCAUAAAACCGGAGCAAGCUUCAAACGCCCGUGAGUAAAGGCCCUUAAUCCAUUAACUGAACCUCCACCCCAUUAGCAAUAAAGUACAGUGUUCCUUAGACAUAUUUAAUGCCACAGCUAAAGGGGAAAUAUUUAUAUCCACAGAGUGGCAGUAGCUGCUUCAUUCAUUUUCCUCUCUCUGUAUUCAUUCCUGUCACUGACUCCUGCUGGAGAAUGUUGGAGAGAUGAAUAACGCUGCUCAACCCAACAUCUUCCUUAUCAGUCAAUCACAACGUUAGUGGCGUGAGCCAGUUGGUUGCACUGUACUUGCCCUAUAAGAAAAAGACUUCUUUAAACGGGUGGUUCACCUUUAAAUUAAACCUAUAGUAUGUAAGUCUAGAAUGACUAAUUCUAAGCAACAUUUUGAUUGGCCUUCAUUAUUUCUUUUUAAUAGUUUUUUGAAAUAUUUGCCUAACUCUUUCUAGCUUUCAAAUGGGCGUCCCUGACCCCAACUUUUUUUUUUUUGUUAUUGCUACUUUAUUAUUCUAUUUUUAUUUCUCCUAUAUUUCUUUUUCGAUUCAGACCCUUUCGUAUUACAGUUACUCCCAUUCGAUUCAUGGUUGCUAGGGUAAUUUGGACCAUAGCAACCAGAUUGCUGAAAUUGCAAAUGAGAGAUAAAAAAAGCUAAAUAACAAAUGAUAAAAAACCAUAAAGGAUAAAAAAUGAUUAAAAAAUCACCCUCUACAUCAUACUUCGUUAAUAUAAAGGUGAACAACCCCUUUAAGUAAGUGCAUGAAUUUAGCAUCCACUACAUUCUGAGGGAUACCGUUGGUCCCCUUUAGCGCAGAGACACGCAAGAUUUGGGGAGAUGUAAUCUCCUCUUCUUCAGGCGACCAAUCUCCCCGAAAAGCCUUCCCUUCAGCUACAAUCUAAAUUGCCGGACACUCGUUUUCCGAAGUCGUCUGAAGUUUCCUCGUGAGGCGACUUCGGAAAAAGAAGCACAGUUCGGGGAGAUUAGUCGCCCGAAGAAGAGGUGACUUGUCGCCGGGCGACUACCUAAAACAUUUAAUGCUGCAACAUGUUCAUUUCCAGAUCUUUGUGGGGGGCAACCCCGCUAUGGCCCUGUCCCUUUAAACCCCCCCCCCCAGUUUAUUUCUUUGUGGGGUCUGGGCAAAUCUUCCUGUCAUUGUUUUUGUUUUGUUCUUUUUUUAUUUUUACCAUUUCAGCUCUUGUGUUUAUGGAGAAAGAGAAGCUAUUUUAUAUUUUGUUAAGAAAGUGACAUUUAAAAAAACAAAAAAACCCUGCGAGGCCGUCGCCUUUGUAAAGAAACAGAAUAAAAUGUUUGUACCUUGUUUUUUACAAA